AUGUCCUCAAGGCCUACCGUACAACUGGCGCUGUCGUGCGCUUACUGCGCACUGCGCUUGUCCUUCAUUUGGCUGACCGACCGGCUAUUUCCGUGGUGUGACCACCCGUCGCACUGCUUCGACUUCACCCGCGAACUCGCUGCCAGCGUGAACCACCGCGUGGACCCGUGCGAGAACUUUUAUGACCACGUAUGCGGAUUCUGGAACUUCACUCACGGCGCCUCUAGAAACCAGUUCGAACUACUCGCGUCGCGCACAAGGCUGCUUUUGUUCGAGGAACUGGAGAAGAGUCCCAGCAGCUUCUCGUUCACGUCCGCCUCGCGGGUGACUACGGGAUACCAGAGAUGCCUGGCCGUCACUGCCGAGAAGCAAGACCACACGCUCGUUCUGCACGAACUGCUUGCCGAGUUCCACCUCGAGUGGCCCACUGUCCAACCACCGCGCAAGGAGUUCGAUUUCCUCCACUUCCUCGUCGGCCUUGGGCUUCGGUACGACAUCCACCCACUGGUAAAGUUCACCAUGGUGCCGUACCUGCUUACCGACGAGGGCUACUCACUGAUGGUGGCUGACACCGAUCGCCAGUCGUGGCGCACUGCAACCACCGACAUGCAUCCGGACUGCCUGCGCGCUUACGGCGUCUCGCUGGACCUGAAAGCCGUGCUUGAACGGAUGAUGCGCGUGCGCAACGACCUGUCGGCGCUUGAAGUGAUCUCGCGCGCUCAGCACCCGUACUCACCUCGUUACUACGAGUUCAAACAGCUGCCCGCGCUCACCCGGGACCGAAUCAGCGACAGCGCCUGGCUGGAUGUCUUCAACAAAUACCUCCAGCCGGACAUGCAGGUCGGCCCUGAAGACCUUCUCCUGGUCUCCAGUCAGGGCCCGUUCUUUUUGCUGUGGGGCGUGUUGUCCCGCUACGAGAAGAUCAUGGCCGACGUGCUGUUGGUCUUAGGCUGGAAGGUAGUCAUGGACGAGGCGUACGCCUUCUCGGCAACGCUUUCCGAGUGCUCCAAGAUCGUCAGCUUCCGGGAUUCGCCCGUGGUGAGCGCCGACAUCUGCGUGAACUCACUGCUGCAGCUGGCACCGGCCGCCCUAGGCCACAUACUGUUGGGCGCCAUUGGGCGCAUGGGCAUGGAGCGGAUGAUGAGCAUCGUGAGCGUGGACGGAGUUCCGGCACACUUGCUGGACACGGCGGCUGUGGACAGGAACUACGACUUUCUGCCCUCCUUCGCCCCGGACGACGGAGCCUUCGGGCGGCAGCUGCUCGAGGCGCGCAAACGACGCUUCGAGAAACUUCGGCGCAUGAUGUACAUCGACCCGGAGAAAAUCAAGCGUCGCAGCGAGAUAUCGCUGCCCAUCCUGGCAGUGAACGCCUUCUAUACGCCCGUCUUCCACGUUAUUUUCGUUACCGGCGCCAUAAUGCAGUCUCCGUUUGCCGUUGAUAUGCAAGAAAUGGCCAUCAAUUACGGCAGCCUGGGACGCAUCAUCGGCCACGAGCUGUCUCACGCGUUCCACGUGGGCAUCUCGUCCCUCGACGAGCACGUGCAGCCGUUCACGCUGUACAGCCCGUCGUCGCGCAAGGAGUUCGUCGCUCGCCUCAACUGCCUCGCCAAACAGGUCAACGACGGUUCAGGCAGCCAGACCUUGGGCAACAACUCCAUCUCGGAGGCGUUCGCCGACAACGCUGGUCUCGAGAAGGCUUACCUCGCCUUCAAGGCGUUGACGCAGUCCGACCCGCUUAUCUACACCAAGCCGGCCAACCCCCUGGGUUACACGGCGCAGCAGCUGUUCUUCGUCAGCGGCUGCUUCGUGUUCUGCGCCUUCCAGGGCUACGCGUUCGAGCGGAACGCCGUGUACCCGCCGCCGUUCCUGCGCUGCAACACGCCCGCGAUGAACACGCGCGACUUCGGGGCCGCCUUCAGCUGCCCCCAGGGCGCGCCCAUGAACCCGCUCGUUAGGUGCAACUUCCACUGA